ACGGCGGCAGGCUUUUAACCGGGACAGCCGCGUCGCGGGCGCGCUCCCCACAGAACACUCGCGCCGUCGCUUUCGUGGCCUGCCCAGUUCUCUUCCGCGUCCGGAUCGCGGGUUGUAAACGGCCGCGUUGCACGUGCCUCGCGCGUAGCUGCCCCUCUUCCCCUGUGAGUUAGGUGACCAAAAUGGCAAAUGUGUUACACGGGGCUGCAGAGAUGUCAGGGGAACGAUCGUGAUCCACGCUGCAAGGAGCGCAUUGUGGUGCGCCAGAGACACGCCUACCACUGGUCUUCUCAUUCUGCACAGACGCCGCACAAUGCCACACAAGAUCGGCUUCACCGUCAUUUAUGCCACCGGUGAGGACGAGCACCACCGCGCCACCGAGCUGAACGUGCACGGGCCCACGGUGCGCGGCUGGCAGUCCGCGCAGGCCUGCACCUACCCGCAGGAGCUCGUGCUGCAGCUGCACGCAGAGGCCGUCGUCAGCAGGAUACAGAUCCUGGCCCACCAGUUCCUCAUCCCGGAGCGGCUGGAGCUGUGGGCGGGCAGCGACGUGGACGAGUCGGACCCGCAGAGCGUGUGCGGCUCGCACUUCGAGUACCUGGGCUACAUCACGCUCUCCAGCAACGAGAGCACCGCCUUCAAGUCCCGGGAGCUCAAGUCCGUCACCGUCCCCUCCUGCAAGGCCAGGUUCCUCAAGCUGCGCCUGCACAAAAACCACCCAAAUGCCUUUAACGUCCACAAUCAGGUGAGCCUUAUCGCGGUGAACGUGCUGGGCCAGCUGUGCGAGCCGGACGGGUGCGGCCGCGAGAACAACAACAACGGCCUGCCCAACAACCACAACGCGCUGCUGCUGGUCAGCAACCCGCAGUACACCUCGCCCUACGACGACCUCGCCUUCGAGAUGUACGUCGACCCCGAAGUGGCCAGCAUCAUCCGCACCAUGGAGGCCAAAAAGCAGCAAGCCGUCAUAAACGAGAGGUUCGAGUACGCGCGCCGACUGAAGCUGGCCAUGGCGGACCUCCGCGUGGCGGGCGAGCGGCUGAGCAAGCUGGAGCUGGAGAAGCGGCACGCCAUCAGCUGCGAGGACUACGACCGCGCCAAGCUCAAGAAGUCGCAGCUGGACCAGUACCGCCACACCGUCUACCGCUUCCUCGAGGUCGACGACCUGCUCGAGCUCAGCGGGCCCGUGGCGAAGAACGACGAGAGCCUGGACGUGGGCAGCGCCGGCCACCGGCCCGAGCUUCCGCUGCCGCCGCGCCUGCUGCAGGUGUCGCCGCAGCCGCCGCCCGCCUCCGCCGCCGCUGCCGCCGCCCCCGCCCCCGCCGCCGCCGCCCCCACCGCCGCCAGGGAGGGCGCCACGUCGCCGCUGCCCGCGCCGCCCGCCAUGCACCAGUCUCCGGUGUCGCCGCUGCACCACCACACCAGGCCCAAGACGCCGCCUGCGCACGUGCACGCCGCCACCGCCACCGAAGGGGCACCAGCGGCAGCGCGGGUUAGCCCGUCGUCGUCGCCCACAAACAUGCAAUUGAGUCACAGCCACAGCCAAACGCAGAGCCUGCAGCUGCACACGGGGUCUCUGCGUAGCUCGCAGCGACGCCGCAACAAGUCUGCAGGCGCCGCGCUGCCCGCCAGGAACAGCUACGAGGCCUACGAGGAGCGCACCGUCCCAGCACUCAGGCACUGCCAUGCUAGCAGCCUGAGAGAGUGCCAAGUGGAAAAUGAAACAUCAACCAGGUCAAAAAUUAGUGAACGAGAAAAGAAACAGGCUGCUCUUCCAAUCACAGUCUUUGGACUGGAAUUGGUUGAGAAGUUCUACUCAAAGCAGUAUUCAGACAAGGAGGAGGGUUUGCAGCAGUUGAAAGAUGUGCUUCGGGCAUAUGCAUCUGGAGAGAAACAUCCUGAGCAACCAACUGCUUCACCAAACAAAAUCGCAAGGGCUGCAAUUUUUUUAUUACACAGGGCACUCAGGGAUAAGGUAUAUUCCGUCUACAGUUUGGCAGCUGAAAAUAUUAGGCUGUUUUUCUCAGAAUUUGUUCCUACCAGGGUUACUUCAGCAGAGGUAUCUAGAAGUGUAGAGCGUCUGCUCCCAGAACUAUUGUCCAAAUCUGGUGACACCACUCCACGGAUUCAUAAUAUGGCUGUUCACACCAUACUCAGUAUGGCAGACUGCCAGGAGGUCAGAGAGCUGCAUAUUAUACCAGUGCACCUCACACGUCCAUUAACAAGCAGCAUACAUCCUAGACUUGCUCUCAGCCGUAUUGAGAUGGUGGAACAGUUGGUUUUAAGCCACGGUAUCUCUACAGACAAGCAAAGUGGUUUGACAUGCCGUGUACUUGCUGAGUUUGGCUCAUCUGGUCUGCAUCAUCCUGCUGAAGCAGUGCGUAAAGUGGCAGAGAGAGUGCUCACGCUUGUGUACAGGGUCAAUCCUCGACUUGUGAGGAAACAGCUGCCACCUGAUGAUGACAUUACUCGGAGGAACCUUCUAUAUCGUCAGUUGUUUCAUGAAUUUGAUCUCAUUGACAUGCAGCGGAAGAGGGAGGUCCUAGAAAGAAACAGGCAAGUGGUUCGCGCAGCUGCACAAGUUACAAACGUGUCUACAAGUCCUACAAACAAUGCAAAUGUCAACAAAUCACCUGGCCAUCAAACAGGUAGCAGUUCCUCAUCAGCAAGUAUAAUAACCUCACCAAGCGAUGCAUCUCAGCAAGACGUCAGUGAUGACAAAAUGUGUAUUUUCUGCCUUGUGAGAGCAGAAAACUUCACCGAGGAAGGAUUAAAUAUACAUUACUGGCGUUCAUGUCCCAUGUUAACACGUUGUGUGCACUGCAAGCAAGUUGUUGAGAUAUCAGUCCUGUCGCAUCAUCUGACAGAUGAAUGUGACAUGCGACACCUGUACAAGAAAUGUGAGCGUUGCACUGAAGCCAUCCUGGAAGAUUAUUUUGAUGACCACAUCAACUCUACUGAAUGUGUCCCUGUGGAACCUCUAAGCACUGCCAACCACUGUCCAUUAUGUCACAGCAACAUUCCACCAUGGGAGGAUGGUUGGCGACAGCAUUUGAUGAACCUGCCCUGUCCAAACCACCCUAGGAAGAAGCACAUUAAAAAUCGUUCCAAAUCUCCACCAGAGGACAAACACAACAGUAACCAAUAAUCACAUCACUGUCAUAUAUACUCCAACUACAAAAUAGAGAAUGUGGGAAAUGGGUACCCUUCAGUUUUAUAAUUGUCUUCAGUAUUCAUAUUAUACAUCGCAAAAAAAAUGUAAACCUUGGACUUGCUUUUUAA